UCUUUCCCCCCAUUCACUCUCUCUCCCUCCUCCGUGGAUCGUGCGGUCAGUGCCCCUGUCUCUCCCCUGGUGCCUCUCUCUUGGGAUCUGACUAGUGAUGUGUAACCUACAGAAUGCCCUGCAGUACUGGAAAAAGGUUUAAACCUACUAAAUACAUCCCUGUCUCCACUGCAGCUGCCUUAUUAGUAGGAUCAACCACUUUGUUUUUUGUUUUCACGUGUCCCUGGCUGACUAGAGAAAUCUCUCCAGCUAUUCCUGUGUACAAUGGGCUCAUGUUCCUCUUUGUGUUGGCAAACUUCAGUAUGGCAACUUUUAUGGAUCCCGGAAUCUUCCCACGAGCUGAUGAAGAUGAAGAUAAAGACGAUGACUUCAGAGCUCCAUUGUACAAGAAUGUGGAAAUCAAAAGAAUACAAGUACGGAUGAAGUGGUGCGCCACGUGUCAUUUCUACCGCCCGCCACGCUGCUCGCACUGCAGUGUCUGUGACAACUGUGUAGAGGAUUUUGACCAUCACUGUCCCUGGGUAAAUAACUGUAUAGGUCGCAGGAAUUAUCGCUACUUCUUCCUUUUUCUGUUGUCUCUGAGCACACACAUGGUUGGAGUCUUUACGUUCGGCUUAAUAUUUGUCCUGCACCACGUGGAGAGGUUGGGAGAACCACACACCAGUAUCACGAUAUCGGUAAUGUGUGUAGCUGGAUUGUUUUUUAUUCCUGUUAUUGGCCUCACAGGUUUUCAUAUUGUCCUUGUUGUACGAGGCCGCACCACCAACGAACAGGUGACAGGCAAGUUUCGUGGAGGUGUUAACCCAUUUACACGAGGAUGCUGUGGUAAUAUCCAGCAUGUAUUAUGUAGCCCACUGUCUCCCAGAUAUGUGGUUGAACCAAAGAAGAAACCCCCGGUCACAGUGAAGCCUCCUUUCAUUCGACCGGAUGUCUCAGAGCGUCAAAUUACAGUAAAGAUUAGUGAUAAUGGAAUCCAAGCAAAUUUGCACCGCUCUAAGUCCAAGGGGAGUUUGGAAGGUUUGAAUGAGAAAUCGAUGGAUAUGCAGCCACCAUUGCCCCCAAAAGGAGAUUCUAUAAAAUACUCUGACUUGAAGGGGCCUCUAGGAACCAGUGAAGACAGUAGUUUAUCUCCAAAAAUGAUGAGCCCACCUACUCCAGCCAUGUACAAGUAUCGUCCAGCGUUUAACGCCAACCCUAAAGUGCACUAUCACCCAGCCACGGAGCAGAUUGCUAUGCAGGAGGGUCUGAAGGACAGUGUGUUCCUUGAAGAAGAUUGUAGGAGUCAUGAUUAUCAGUCUGAACCAAACCUGGACCUACCAGAAUAUCGGAAGAACUCACUCCACAAGUCCUAUCAGUCCUCCCCUUUGCAACUUGACACUUUUACUGUUAACUCCCGUUCCCUGAGCUUAAAAAAUUCUGGUCGUAGGGAAUCUGAGAAAGUGCCCCUUCAAAUGGUGAAAUCUGAAGGAACUACCACCGCUCCAUACAAGAGUGUCUUUUCACCAAAUAAUUUGUCUAACCGCAAUGGGAGCUUAUCUUAUGACAGCUUGCUUAACCCAAUGUCACCAGCAGCUAGUAAAUGUACACCACAUACUACUGCUGGAUCUGUGGGAUACCACUCACCAUACAUGUCUGCAAAGAUGUGUCACCUCCGAAGUGGGGAACGUCAACCUGCACAAGGUUUUAGCCCUGUUUUGGCAAGGGCAGCUGCCCACCAGCGGGAGCCCUCUCCUGUGCGCUAUGACAACCUCUCUAAAUCCAUUAUGGCCUCCAUACAAGAGAGAAAGGAGAUGGAGGAACGUGAGAAGCUCUUACAAUCUCACACAGACUCUGUAUUUGCAGACUCAGGGGUUUAUGACACUCCAAGCACAUACAGCCUGCAACAGGUCAGUUCCCUCUCAGAAAACACACGUGCCACUGUUGGCCGGUAUGGAUCAAAGGACAAUCUGCUAGCAGGAGGCCCUAGCUUCAGUUCUAGAAAUCCCAUCCUCCAGUCAUCUGUGUCCUCUCUGUCUAGCGCAGUCUCACGAGCCCCUAGGACUUCAACCACAUCCUUGCAGGCUGACCUAGCCAAUAACAACAUUCAAAGCCACCAACCCUUGCAAGCAAGGGUUAGCAAUGGAUCAUACAAAUCCCCUGGCCAUCAUGCUCCCUCAUCACCCUCUGGAAUACCUAGAUCUCCAUCCUAUGGAGGAGCAAAGGCAGUCACAUUUCUCAAUACCAUGGAAUUUGUGGAAGGGCCUUCUAUGCCAGUUCAGAGGGAUGAACUACAGCUGAAGACACCUCAUAGUAAAAUAAAUGGACAGCCAAAAGGGUUACCGAGGGCUGAAUGUCGACUGGGAUCCUCCUCGAGUUCACAAGGCACCACAGUUAGCCCAGCUAGGCAUUCUAGUGUUAAAAAGGUUUCUGGAGUUGGAGGCACAACAUAUGAAAUAUCUGUAUAGAAGAGCCAUUUGCAGUCCCAGACCUUUAUUACAGCAGGCAUUGAACCAACAAAGAACAGUGAACAAGGCAAUUUUUUGGCGGCCUCUGGCCAGUCUGCUGCAGAGUUAUUCUUAGAAUGCACAAGCUGGCAUUUGGAGCCUUCACAUUGGUGACAAUUAAGAGACCUCCACAACAACACAGACAAAUGGUUUUUUUUUAAAAAAAGACAUUGGAGAGGCGUUGCUGAAAAAAUAAAAAAACAAAAACAUAAGCCAUUGUACGUAUGUCUGUACAAACCGCAACAAAAAAUGUUUUAAAACUUGUGAUGUGAGAGCAAUGGGACAUCUAUUUUAAUUUUAGUUUGUUUUUUUUUGAUGGGGAAAUUGCAGGGUGCGUGAGAAAAAAAAAUAUCCAUGUUUUAAACCUCUGUUCCAGGAGAGAAACCCUAGGACCUUUAUACCGGAACAGAAAAUACUUGCAAAAAAAAAUAUAGAAAACUGCCGUCUCACCAAAAGUGCAGCUCUGGCUCUGCCUUUCCUAUGUCAGAGUAGCCUCUAUCUUACACACCAUAGUACCCUGUUUAAGCAAAGCUGCAUAUUGUAUCUGUCUGUGUGUUUUCUGUAUGUGUUGACAUCAAUGCAAAAAUAUAAAAGACAAAGGCCAUUGUUUUACCCUCACUUCAGUACUUUUUCUGCGUGUUUGCUGCUAUAAGAAAUUGUGACACAAAACAAAGCAUUGUGGGUAUAUUUCUAGGAAUUGAGAUUUUUCAUUGCAACAAUCUCGUAACCCAGUUGCAAAAUAACCAUCUUUAUAGCAGUUCAGUUGCUUUUUAUUGAUGUAUACAACAUUUAGAAAUGAUUCAUAAAGGGUAACAAUAAGCAUAUAGCAAAUUUCAUUUUACAGUGACUGUCUGAAGAAAUUCAGUAUGUCAAUUUUUUAUUAUAAUUGGGAUGAGUUUGGCCUCUCUGUAUCCAAAAGAGAUGGAGGAACGCUUAAGAAGCAUUCAGAUUUCCUUGUGCCCUGCAGACUCUUAUGUACUUUUGCUGCCACAGAUGACAUCAUUCUGAGGCAAUAUCUAUUGUAAAUAAAUGUUAUUUGUUGGCUGAGUAAUCACAUUUGAGCUACAUUUAAUAGGUGCAUUUGAUGGGGUCCAGCAAUAUCUUAGUAUUUUUAAAUAUACAGUUUAACUUGCCUUAAGUAACGACCCAACCUCCUUUUAAAUUACUUUAAUGGUGAUAAAGAUAAGAAUAGAUUGGAAAAGGAAUUCUUGUUCCUCUUUACUAAUUCAGGUAAUAGUUAUGCUGUCCAAUAGGAUAGCUAUACAUUGUAGACCAUGUUGCCAGAAGAAGAAUAAAAAGAGGUUCACCAGAAACAUAA